UAAUAAUUGCAGCGUAAACAGUCGUCUGGUCACCUAAAAUGAUUCGAACAAAAGCACAUUUUAAUCGUGAGAGGUUUAAGCGUUCCUCGUCGAUGCGCCGCAUGACGGCCAGCGUGUCGGGGGCGGAUCUGUGUCGCAGCAUCGACUACGAGCCGGUGCGGGCGCCACCGCUCGCCACUGCUUCCCUGACCGCUUCCCUCUCCAUCCCCGCGGAGUGUAUCGUGCUGUCCGUGGCGGAUGAGCCGAGUCCGGAGCGCAAGGUGCAGAAGCUGGAACCGACCGACGCACCGUGCUACAUACGCAAGGAUGGCCGCGCUAUACACCCGAAACCGUUCCGGACGUACUAGGCACGGUCUCGAAACGAUGCACAAGGUUAUGUUUUGCCGGUGCGAUGAUGUAUCGUGGGGAUCGUUGUAUGGACAACAUCGAACAAAACCUUCAAAGGAUGGGUGUACGAACGAUUGAUACCCUAAUCUUCCACGCCUACACGACGCUGUGCCGACACGAAGCGAACCACAUUUGGCAUUAAUAGUCACGGUUGUAGACUUUUCUUUUUAGAGUGGAGCGUUUUAAGUUAAUGUAGUAAACGAUCUAAACCCGUUACGCUAGUGCUUUUAUAUGUUUGUAGUUUAAAACAAAUAAUUCAAAAACAAGCAAGGCUCAAGAAAUUAGAGUGUCCACAAAAGUCUUAGGCCGUUCCGUAAAGCCAAUGCGAAGCCGUCAAUGAAACCGAUUUCGACCCAACAACUGAACAUCUUUUCCCGGUGGUGAGAAAAUUUGAAAUCAGAAACCGGACCAGAAUAAGCAAAUGCAAAAAUAGGGAAGCUAAAUCGUUAAUCGCCCCAAAUGGAGGACGGACAUUACUGUGCCACUGUUUUCGGUAGCUGAAAAUAGGGCGACAAGUAAUCGAGACAACGACAACAACGAGAUGUGCAGAGUAACGCUAUGUAACGCCUUAACUAAGCCUAAACCGAAGCUCGACGCGUGUGUCCCGCGUCUAAAACGGAACCGGCUCGCGG